CUCGCGGCCCCACGCAGCCUGCCCCCCAACUCCCCGCUCUGCCCGCACUUCUUGCCACCCCAUCGAAUCCAGUCCCAGCCCACCCUACCUCGCUUCACAUCCUCCUUCCGCCCAUUUCUGUGAAAUCCCCGCGAAUGCUACCAAGUAAAGUGACGGUGCCCGCGCGCGUGUUUUCACCGAAUUGACAGAUUUGUCUUCUUUGACCUUUUGACCGCAGAUCCCUUUGCAAACGACUCUCAAGGUGCCGGUGGGUCUUGCAAUGAGUUUGGUGCUGAGAAAUCUGCAGCGCGUCGUCCCCAUUCGGAGAGUCCCACUGCGCAGGAAGAUUGAGCUCGUGCGGAGAGUCCUAGGGGUGCAGAAGUUUGACCUGGGUGUCAUCUGCGUUGACAACAAGACUAUUCAGCACAUUAAUAGAAUCUACAGAGAGAAAAACGUCCCAACAGAUGUGCUUUCUUUUCCUUUCCAUGAGAAUCUGAAGGCCGGUGAAAUUCCCCAGCCUGACUGUCCAGAUGACUGUAACCUGGGCGACAUCUUCCUGGGAGUGGAGUAUAUCUUGCAGCAGUGUAAAGCCGAGGAAGACUACUACGACAUCCUAACUGUGACGGCCACCCAUGGGCUCUGCCACCUGCUGGGGUUCACACACGACACCGAGUCCGCGUGGCAGAAGAUGUUCCAGAAGGAGAAGCAGGUUCUGGAGGAGUUGAACCGGCACAUGGGGACCAGACUGCAGCCCCUGAGCAAGGGCCUCUUCUGAUGGGGGCCAUGGAGGAAGUGGCUGCCAGGGCCCAGCAACUCCAGCACGGACUGGCAGGUGGAGAUGGGCCCUUCCAUUUUGGACAUACUUUGGCCUCUGAGCUGCUGCUGUUCUCUGGGGGCAAUGAGGUGCUGACCCAAAUUGGGUCUAAAUUCCAUGAGUAGAACCUGACUAUUAAAGCAUUCGAGAUUUA